AUGAUUAGUGAUGAUCAUCGAUAUGAUAAUCAAACAAUCAUUAAAUCUAAUAAAAUUGAAUUAGAUCAUUUUAAUGAAAUAUGCUUAAAAGAAAAUAAUCGAUUAAGACAAUUACAUAAUUGUCCUAAAUUGAAAUUAAAUUAUCGUUUAAUAAAAUCUGCACAAAUUCAUUCGGAAUAUUUACAAAAAUUACAUCAAUUACAAAAAAUUGAUCAUUUUAUAUGUGGUCAAAAUAUGGCUUUAAUAAUUGGUCAGCAAAAUUGUCAAAUUGCAGGACUGAAUGCGAUACGAGCAUGGUAUAAACAAUCAGAAAAUUAUGACUACAAUGAAGAUAAUCAAGAGAAUAAAGGUUAUUUUACUCAAAUGAUCUGGAAAAAAACGAAAAAAGUUGGAUUCGGUUUUACUAAAUCAGAAAUAGGUAAUAUAAUUUUCGUUGUUGGACAUUAUUUACCGGCUGGUAACAAAACUACAGAAUUUCAAGACAAUGUUCUACCAAAAAGAGAAGUUCACGUAGAGAAACAGAUUGCAUACGUGUAUCAAGAUGAUGAAAAACCAUUCCGAGAUGAAGUAAUGAGGCUAGAAAAAUUGUAUGCAGCUAAAUGGAUUUUAGAUCUAUUCAAAAACAUAUACUUGAACAUGAAAACUUCAUCCAAAAGCUCGUCUUUGACAGAAAAUAACGGGAAAUCACUUGAUGAAAGAAAAUCAACUCUGGGAGAAACUGAAAAUCAAUAUAAAGAGUCUAAAUUACGUCUUAAAAGAAUGUAUAGGGAAAUGGUUGAAGCAGGACAUUCCCUUGCAAAAGUCUACGCAAAUCCAGAAGUGAAAGCUGAAACAGCAAAAUACGAACAUGCCUUCAUUAAAUAUCUCAGUGAAUUAAAUGAUCAUCUUAAAACAUUGACAAAUAUGGAAGUUCAAAGAAUAGAUGUCCUUGAAUUACUUUCAUUAGAAGAAAGAAUAAAAAUCUACGAAAGUAUAAUGCAGGAAGAAAGAAACCAGAAGAAUGAACGAAACUUCAACCAAACAAAAUAUUGUUCUCAAACUGUUUUAAUAAAAAUUCUGUCAACUUUUUCAUUAACUGAAAAACCGAAAAACAGUAUCAAUGUUCAUUUUAUUCCAGUGUCUUUUCGCUAA